AAAACGCGCGCGCCUGAAAACUAGUACUUAGUCUUCACACAUUUACAAGGAACGCCUUGGUGUUUACAUUUUUCACUAAAGUGGGUUGCCUGAGGUAAGAAAAACAUCCAAAGAUAUUGUUUGGGUUCGGAUAAAUUGCAUUCUAUCAAUAUUUGUCUAAUAGUCGACGAUACAGUACUUCAAGUAUUCAUGUUUGCAAGGAAAAUACGGGCUUUAUGCAUGGUUUUUACCCCGGUUCUCAGCGACAUAACUUUUCGAACACCCGAUCAAAGCGGCGUUCGAUGCCUUUCACGAAGUGUCAGAUAGCGUUGGUCUGUGCUGUCAUCUGUAACUGUAUCAUUUUGUUCUACGUGUCCCAUGUACAGAACAUAAACGGGGAGUGGCCGGAACAAAGUCGAUUAGCAGCAGUUAAAAACAAAAUUGCCUUCCGCGGCGGAAACAGAGCUUGGCAAUUUGAAAACGAAGUGACGAUUGUCUUGCUCGAAUUUGAAGUAUUCGAAAAUGACAUCGGCCGCACGGUUCGUUCCUUCAAGGAAUACUUCCCAAACGUCCAUAUUGUUAUUAUAUCACACAGAAGACCUUACCCGCCAUUAGAUCUCCCGAAUGGGAAAAUUCAGCUGGUUGUACAAGAAGUAUCUCCAGAUCAAAAGCAAUCAUCUGGAAGGCCAGAGAAUUAUAUCACGACACCCUACGUCAUGUUUGUGCCAGAUAGUGUCCGACUCGACUCAGCAAGCUUGCCAAUUAUGAUGCUUGAAGAACUCAAAGCUUCAUCUAGUUUAACACCUCAGUAUAAAGUUGUUGCAGUGCCCGUGAAAUCAAAAAAGGCUAUCGAGUGCAACAAGGUUGCUUUUGAUCUCAAGCGUUGGACGUUAGAGUAUUCAGUUUCUGAAGAGCAGGCGCAGAGUUACUACAGAACUUGUGAUUCUGUUGGCCCAAGUCAAGUGGUUUUGUUAAAAGCAGCAUUUCUUCACAGCCUUAGCACACCCUACAUGCGACCUUUUCCUCAAAGUUUGUUUAUUCAAGCAUCGCUGCACCAUAUUAAAACAAAACUACUCCACAAGGUGUCUUUCUCGCAGGGAUUCAAGCUAUUUACCAAUGCUCACUCAAAAUGGAAAUAUGAGAACAAUAUUAAAACAAGAACAGUUGACAUGCACAAGAGAUUAGGUAUCAAGAAAGUCGUUCUCCCCUCUGGGCAGGUAGACUGGUAUGGCUGUAGUAAAAACACAGGACGUUGUUUUGGUACUGUUCAUCAAGACAUGCCUGAGUAUCUUUACAUGUCGCGAUGGACACCACCUUGCUGCCUUGAAAACCUGCGAGAAACAGCACGUUACCUCUUCAACAUUCUAAACAAGGCAGGUGUUAGCUAUUGGCUGGAGGGCGGCAGUCUGUUAGGUGCUGCUCGUUAUGGUGAUGUCAUUCCCUGGGACUAUGAUGUUGAUAUUGGCAUUUAUCAGCAUGAAAUCAGCAAGUGCUCAUAUCUUGUUGAAGCAGAAAAACAGUCCAAUGAUGGAAAAUCAUUUGUCGACAAUCAAGGCUUCACUUGGGAGAAAGCAACUGAAGGAGAGUUUUUUAGGAUUCAGUACAGCCAAUACAAUCAUUUGCAUGUUGAUAUUUUUCCUUUCUUCGAAAAAGAUGGAAUUAUGACAAAGAAGACAUGGUUUGAAACUCACAGACAAGACAGGGAAUUUCCUGCACAUUAUUUGAAGCCUCUAGGGACAAUUGACUUUAUUGGAAUCAAAGCAUCAGCUCCCAACAAUGUUCGGGAAUUUCUGGAGUUCAAGUUUGGUAAAGGAGUUGUUGAAAAUCCUCAGUAUCCAAACCCAUCAAAGCUAAAGAAGAAACCCACCAGCAAGUCUUGAUUUUUUUCCAGAAGAGUCAUGUUAUGUGACACACGUUGCGUGACAUGGCCCUUUAUCUACUUCUUAAUGCUUCGAUCCAUGCCCUCAAGGUAAAUGCAUUAGCCUUGGGAUUAAAUGAUCUGAGUUCCAGUAAAGUAUAUUAUUAAACAACCCAUCUCAUUCCCAGGGUCACUCUUCUCCCCACCCCUAAGAGCAUGAGGGACCCUAGAUGUGACGAUGACGACUCUGUGCUCUGAUGAAGGGCUAAUGCAAAACAUCAGCUUUACAAAAUAAUUCACUUUGCUGGUUAAUUUACAUUUAUCAACUUGAAGUUAAUAUAUGGUUUAGUGUUAGCCAAAGGUGAUCUGUCAAAAUGCUGGACGUACAUGUGGCCUAGAAUGGACUAAAAGUCAUCUAAGGGGUGUUAACCAAGCGAUAUUCCUGUUCAUAGAUUCUGCCAAUCAUGGAAGCAUUGGCUUUUUUGAGCCACGAGGCUUAUGAAUUCCUAUGCUGUACUUAUCCAACUUUCUAGAUGCUACUCAAGAUCUCUCACUUUAAUGUCUUCUGUUUGCAUGCUCUGUCUGAUAAUUUAAUACUUUGACUAAGAUGAUUUUUCAAAAUAUGAAGUUUGCUUUAUAAAUAGUUUAGCUAGGAUUUUAAACAUGUAAGUAUAAAUAAAUCAAGGAUCAUACUAUAUUCGUGAACUUGUAAUAUUGUUUAUGAUUUUCUGUGUAAGUGUAAUGUAUAGAGAUCUUUUUAAAUUUUCCAAAAUAAUUAAUUUCUAUUUUAUUGAUAUUUCAUAAUAUUACAAUUAUUGUAAAUGUAAAAGGACUCUGCCAUUCAUUAUUUAACCUUGAAUAACAUUAUUACUGCUUUCUUCCAGCAUCCCUAAUGACUGACUCUAUACUUAUUUUCAAUGUAUAAAGAGAUUAUUGCUACAAGAAACUAGUCUGUUUUUGGCUGAAAUAACUCAGUGAAGUACUUCUUGGAAUGCUCUUUUGCAUGCAGUAAGGACGCUUCUUAUAAAAAUCAUAAAUAAAUAUUUUAAACUGUA